CCUGAGCUCUUGUGCUGGCAGAGAAAAGCCCAGAUAUGGUCGUCCUUCUCUCGAGCAGCGCUGACGAUGCGACACCAACUUGUAGUCUCGAUAUUACUCACUGCAGGCUUCUCGUUUUUACUAAAUUGGGCGCUGUGACACAGACACAAAGUUCCAGCAAUAUUACUCCGCUGGGCUGUCAUUUGCCACUUCGUUGCCGUCAGCUGCCUCAUCCAGCACCUCGCUGCCACUAGAAACGUCUUCCUCUUCUUCCAUUGUUGUCAAAACAAUAUCAAUGUACACGAAAGGAAUAAACUUCAAUAAAGUGAUCACAAUAUCCCAAGUCGAUAUUGUCGUCAACGUCGUCAUCUUCUAAAAAAUAAAUUAUUUUUCCUCACUCCACGCGAACUCGUGUUUUGCGCUUGCUCAUACGACGCACACCUCACCACUCGCGUAAAAAUAUUUGUUCUCACGGUGGAAUUUGGUCGAGAAAAGAAGCCCUCGCGAAGGUCUCUGGAUCGGUUCUGGAACGGCCAACAAGCGAAAACGUAUCCUUUGUGAUGUCCUUGACCAACACUGUAAGCGGCGAUUUGUCCAUCCGAGAGUGCAACGGCACUUGUGAUUUUGAGUUUUGGCUCACGGACUAUUCCUACUCGGCAUCCUGUGGAGCUGAUGGAUCUCUUUCCCGCUCUCUCAGCGAUCCUCUGUCACUUGGACAGCGCUUGGCUAGUUCUGUCAGAUCUGGAAGUCCUGUCAGUGCUCGCCCUGUGACAAAUUAUUCUGCCGAAUCCCCGCAGCAGAAUUCUGCCACUUCGCCGUCUUCGUCUUCCCCUGCGACGUCUCAGUGAAGGACAUUUGAUCUCGCGAAGGACCUGGCCCUUCUCAGGCAGCUUCGUUCUCACGACCAACCGUUUUGACGAGGGUCUCCAGCCAUGGAGAUCGUUGCCUGUGAGCUGGAAAACUUGAGCCCAACUCAGUUCGGUGGUGUGACGAAGAAAGCUAUUCGCGACAGAGUGAUGAAGCUGCUGGAGCUGUUCGCCAAAGGCGACGACUGGAAGAGAAGGAUGUCUGGUACGAAUGAAGAUAUAACAGAGAAAGAGCAACUGCUGCAAGAGCUGCAAGAUAUCUACGCUGAGAAAGAUACGCCCAUGCAGCGACGUGCGGAGGCUACGCAAGCCAAGCGCCACCUAGCUGCUGAAGCGCGCGAUGACGCAUGCCUGACGCUCGGAGAAAAGUCAGACGUUUGCAAAGCUGGCCAUGCUGAGCCUAAAGCCAAGCGAAAGCUGCAAGGGACGGAGGUUGUCCUGGAUUAUCUUGAGUCAAAGCACAAGGAUGAUAUCACAAUGUGCCGCCAGGAGGUCGAGGUUUGAAAAGGAAAAAGCAAAAGCACAGCAGCAGCAAGAAAAUGAGAAGUUGAAAUUGGAGCGGGAGAAAAUGGAGCUGGAGCGGGAGAAAUUGGCUGCAGAUAAAUGAGAAAGAGAGCACGGCAGAGUGAUGGAGCGGGCAGACAAAGCAAGGGGCGACAAGCGUGAGGAAGACAUGGCGGGAGAGAGAAGAGCGUUCAUGGACGUCAUGAAAGCACUGGCCCAUAAGCUAUCAUAGCGCUUGUCAACGCAUACACAUGCAAUACUUCAGCUGUUUUGAACUUAUGAUGUGAA